ACGAACAAAAUGGAAGACACUUCACAUGCUUAUGUCUUCAUUGGUUUCCUACUUUCAUAUUUUUAUAAUUUUCUUUUUGUCUUCAUUGUGAUCUGCUUGUUAUUGGUCUCUUGGAGUGGUAUGUAUUAUGAAUUAAUCUUUUUUGUUACAGGCCAUGGUGUGAAAUUUGUGUGUACUUUUAUUGGUAGCUCUGCGAUAAUUCAACAUUGAGAUUGAGAUUUAAGAGAAUUAAUGGGUGAAUCAAUUGUAAAAGCACUGAAUGUCGAAAAUAAGAUGAGUGAGUCACUUGCCUCUGGCGCUACCCUGGACCCAUCGGUCUCAUUCGGUAGGUUUGAGAAUGAUUUGCUUUCUUGGGAGAAAUGGUCAUCUUUUUCGCCAAAUAAGUACUUGGAUGAAGUUGAGAAGUUUUCAACACCCGGAUCGGUAGCUCAGAAGAAGGCUUUCUUUGAAGCCCAUUACAAGAAAAUUGCUGCUCGGAAGGCUGAGCGACUAGAGCAGGAGAAGCAAAUGGAAACUGAUAGGUUGAUGACAGACGAUCAAAAUGGUGAAGGUCAUGAAGGAAACACUUCUGGGACUGAUAUUGAACUCAGUGUAGCCAAUGGUCAGAGCUUUGAUGAAGGAGAUGAGCAAGUCAACAAUUCAAAUCAUAAUUGUGUCAUGAGUAGCGGCCUAUCUGAUGUGUCCAUUGAGAAUGCUACAAUCACUAUAGAGUGUCGAAGCUCAUCAGUCGAUGGAGCUAAGGAGGAAUCAGAUGGCAUACCAGAUAGCCUUGAAUUGAACUUCAUUUUUUUUUUCGUUCAUGCAUUCAUUCUAAUAUUGGUAGAGAAUUAG